UAUCAGCAACAAGGUCAAAGGUCUGCAUUGCAAAGGGGGAAAGCGAAAAGGGGAGCGAAAAGUAAACUUGUUAUGAUAACCACAAGUUGCAUUAACGGAAUAUUGUUUAUCGAACGAUGAAAGAGAAACAAGUCGACGUAUUUGAAGCACAAACAUCUGGAAGUAAAACUGAAGAUGAUGUUGAUGCUGAUGCUGACAGAAAUGAGGGUCUCAGCAAAGAAAUCGACUACAAAAUCGAUGAUGUACCACCGUGGUAUGUGUGUCUUAUUUUGAGCUUCCAGCAUUACCUGACCAUGUUGGGAGGUACCGUAACUUAUCCAUACCUAAUCUCUCCUCAUCUGUGCAUUCCUGAUGAUGACCCAAGUCGAGGUUACUUGAUUUCUACAACUUUCUUUGUAUCAGGCAUAGCCACAUUUCUUCAGACAACAUUUGGAGUAAGAUUACCUAUCGUUCAAGGCUGUUCAAUGACUUUUCUAGUCCCUCUCUUAGCAAUUCUUCAUCUACCUCAGUGGGAAUGUCCUGAAAGAAAUCAAAACAUUACGUUAACACAUGAUGAAGCAGCGGAGAUUUGGAUGCCGCGCAUGAGAGAGGUUCAAGGAGCUAUUGUUGGGGCUUCUAUAAUUGAAAUAUUAAUCGGAAUGACAGGAAUGAUUGGAUUUCUGUUGGACUGGAUCACGCCCUUGGCUAUUGUGCCUACAAUUAGCUUGGUUGGUCUCUCUUUGUUUGCAGAAGCCGCGCAUUCCGCUUCUGGGCAUUGGGGAAUAGCUAUGUUCACAGUAAUGCUCAUGAUCUUGUUUUCUCAGAGCUUAAGAGAUGUCAGCAUUCCACAUCCGAGAUACAAUUCUAAAACAGGAUGGAGGAUAAGAAUGUUUCCUUUAUUUAAAUUAUUUCCAGUUUUAUUGACUAUUGUGUUAUCGUGGUCAUUUUGCGCUAUUCUGACUGCAACCAACGUCUUCCACGAAGGCAGUCCAGCCAGAACUGACAUCCGCUUAGCGGCCCUUCGAAACAGCCCAUGGUUUCGAGUACCUUAUCCAGGCCAAUGGGGUAUGCCAUCUUUUACCACUGCAGCUAUAUUGGGCAUUUUAGCAGGGACAUUAGCAUCAGCAAUUGAAUCUGUUGGGGACUAUUACGCCUGUGCUCGACUUUCAGGUGCCGAUGCGCCCCCAAAACAUGCCAUCAACAGAGGAAUUUUUAUGGAAGGUCUGGGCUGUGUGAUAGCAGGUAUUUUUGGAACAGGAAGUGGUGUUACAUCAUUCAGUGAAAAUAUAGGGGCUAUUGGUAUAACAAAGGUUGCUAGCCGAAGAGUCAUUCAAUUUGGAUCGCUGCUGAUGAUUGUGUUUGGAAUGCUUGGAAAAUUCGGAGGAAUUUUCGUAACUAUUCCGCAGCCUAUUUUGGGAGGAAUCUUUUGCAUUAUGUUUUCGAUGGUCACUGCAGUGGGCUUGUCCACUUUACAUUUCGUCGAUCUCAAUUCAUCUCGAAACCUUUUCGUGCUAGGAUUUUCUCUCUUCAUGGCAUUGUGUAUCCCUAAAUGGAUUCAAGCUAACCCUGGAGCAAUACAAACAGGUAGUGAUUCCGCAGAUCAGAUUAUUACAAUACUUUUAAGCACAAAUAUGCUUGUUGGAGGAUUCAUCGGAUUUUUGCUUGACAAUAGCAUACCAGGUACGGAUGAAGAAAGAGGCAUUUUGAGAUGGAGAAAGGAAACCGGUGGUGACUCGAGCUGCGUUUCUUCCAAGACCUACGAUUUGCCAUAUAUUAUGAAUAUCUGGGAAAAAAUCGAUUUCUUUCGAUACUUACCCAUCAGUCCAACUUACGAAGAAGGAAGAUUGAAAAAUAAAUUGUGUUCAGCCAGAAAAUAUUUAAAACGUGAAAAAUCAUCAAAAACUUUGGGAGUAAUCUAGAAUGUAAUUCAUGUCCUUACUAGCAACUAUUGUGAUGACAAUCUAUGUACUCAUAAAUUAUUCCAUGGAUUUAUUAUGUCAGUUAGAAAUAAACGCACAGUUCGAUAUUAGAAAUAACGUAAUUAUCUCUUC